AGUGUGACUGUGACCGUCGACCCGUAUGUACCAGCGGGCGGCGCUCACCAGGUUUAUUUGUAAAAGACGUGUAGUAGUUAGCGGCAUAAUAAACUUGAACCUGUUGCAAGCUGAACACUGUAACAUAAUACAGUACAGUACAGUGCUGCCAAGAUAAAGAUCUUGACAGUUUUUGUGAUAACUAGUGAUUGUUAAGCGAGUGGUGUCCGCCACAAGAGGCAGACCUGUGUGGCCGCCCGUACACUCGUGUUAUGUGUUAAACUGGAGCAUCACGCUCCUGGCUUUAUGGCUUGUUGGUUGUGUGUGAAGCUAACAAAGACAGUCGUAGGCUGUGAGUGUGCGUUACGUAGUUUAGACCGGAAGUAACCUUAUAAUACACUGUGUUGUGGUAGACUAGUGUACAGUAGUGGACUAUAUUGAGGGUUUGGUGAAGUGACACUACAGCCGGCGCGACCUGAGACAGGGGCAAUGUCGCGGUCGGCUUCAGUGUCGGUGCCCCGGCGGGAGUUGUACGUGGUGCCUGAGAGGCGAGCGUCCCUGGAGCUGGAGGACGUGCCUCGUCACCUGCACCACGACCAGCAGCGGGAGUACGACUCCUGGCCCUGUGACUCCUUCUUCCUGCUGCCUGACGCCGUGCUGGCCAUGGACGCCGGGGCCUUCCGAGCAGAUCUCAUGUCACUAGACCCAGCUCUCUCGGCCUCCCUGCCGGACUGGGACCUACCAGGGUUGACAGGUCGCACCGCCUCCCCAGCACAAGACUUUCCGCACAAAACUCGCGCACAAAGUGCUCACCUGUCACACCACCGCGCUGACCGCCGCUCUCUCACCCUACUCGACCAUCACGAGGGCCUCACCGUCCACUCCGCCGGCCAAGGCACCGUCCUUAUAGGUAAGUCUUCCCGUUCUUUAUCCCCGAGAAAAACCACGACACUGUCUUGUUAGGUGAGUCAU